GUGCGUCGGUUGCUCGCCGAGGGGCACGCCGGCAGCUACGAGAAGGCUGAGCUGGCGGCGCACCUCAUGAACUUCAGCUUCGACGAGGCCAACUCCCUGCAGGCCGCCGAGGAGUGCUCUUCGAUCUACACGGCGCUGCAGUUCCUCCAGCAGGAGUGCGAGCUGUGCGCCGAGAAGUAUCCUAUGGGGAAGAUGGUGUCUAUGCUGCAGUGUACCCAUCGGUGCUGCUGCGAGUGCGCCAAGACCUACUACACCUUCCAGAUCAAGACCAAGAACAUUCGCGACCUCAGGUGCCCCUUCUGCAACGAACCUGAUUUGGACGCCUGCGAGGAGAUCGCCAAUGAAUACCUGAACAACAUGGACAUCCUCCUGAAAACGAUCCUGGACCCGGAGACGCAUGAACUGUUCCAGAGGAAGUUGCGGGACUGGACUCUCAUGAAGGAUCCGAACUUCCGCUGGUGUAAUAAGUGUUCGUCCGGCUUCAUCGCCAACCCUCGCGCCAGGAAGCUCAUCUGCCCCGACUGCAAGGACGUGACCUGUGCGUCCUGUCGCGCCCCGUGGGAGGCGUCUCACGAGGGAAUCAGCUGCGAGGCGUUCGCUCGCUGGAAGAACGACAACGACCUGGAGGCGCAGGCGCAGGGCGUGGCUAAGCACUUGGCAGAGUGCGGGAUCACCUGCCCGAAGUGCAAAUUCACGUACGCGCUGGCCAAAGGUGGCUGCAUGCACUUCACAUGUACUCAGUGCAAGUACGAGUUCUGUUCAGGCUGCGGCCAACCAUUCCGCCAGGGCUCCAAGUGUCCUGUAGGGCCGUACUGCGAGCGCCUCGGCCUCCAUUCCCACCACCCGAGGAACUGCCUCUUCUACCUCCGCGACAAGGAGCCUCACCAACUGCAGAAUCUCCUCAAAGAAGCGGGAAUCACUUACGACACGGAGCCUCCCGAGACGUGGGAACCUGGAAAGUCGUGCCAAGUGCAGGAACAGAAGGAACUCCCCGACGGCCUCAAGGAUGACGUUUGCGGCAGGACUGUGCCCAACGGCUACGCGGGACUGUGCAGGUUGCACUACACGGAAUACUUGGUGGAGAAGAUCAAUGCGCACAAGCUCGACCCUGUCAGCAUCUUUGACGAGGCGGACUUGCGCGUAUGUCUUAGGAGGAACGGAAAGCCCGUGCCGGUCAGGCGGUGGGAGUCCGAGAAGUUGUACAGGGAUAAACUCAUCAAGCUGAUCAAGGAGCACUUACCUCUCGACAGCACCGUAUAGUGUUCGCCUCCUCGCUGCGGUUUCCCCCUGGCCCCCUCAUUUCCCACAUCCGGCGGUGCUGCAUACUGCUGAUGCUCCUGCAUUGUGCAUGGCGUCAGGAGGUCAUGGCGCUGACAUCGCAGCCCGCAACGUCAGACCAAAGAGUAGAGGGCAACACGCGAUGUCUGCCUGACACCGCGAGAUGCCGUAAGAAAGUGGAAGUGCGAAUAUAGAAGAGAAAGUCCCCCACCUGCCAGCCCCUCCCAAGACGCCCUCGACCCGCCAGCCUUCACGCCCACAGCCCGGACGCCCGUGAUGUCUCCGUCCCUCCGUCAACCACCCGCCCUGGAGCGCCGCCCAUCCCCCGCUGCCUGACUGUCCGCGUGCACGCAGUCUCGUGCACCUCAACUCUACGUAACCAAACUUCACGAUUGUGUAUCAUGAUAAAGACCAGUUUAUUUUGUUCGACGACGACAAAGGGAAAUACCCCGCCGUCUUCGUAGCCAGUGAUGGACGACAAUUGACUGUGAUAAAUCAGUCAGGCCUACAAAGGUGAUAUGUACAGAUAUGUUACCGAGGCGUCCUGCCUCUUUUCACUACAUGAACUUGACCAGUUGUUACCAAGAUACUUGUAUCGGUAUGCGUGUGUAUUAGAUUCGAUAUGUAUAUGGGCCAUUGUAACUUGGAUAUCAGAUAGUUAUUUUAGGUUGUGUGAGUGAAGAUAUAUAUAUAAGAAGCCCCAUGCACCCCCCCUGGCCCCUCCUUCACCAUCAUGUUGCCAGCACCCUCUAGCCUUCCACCCCCAGGUGAGUCAGUGUCAAAGAGCAGGCUCUCGCUCUUAAUGAUACGAAAGGACCCAUGUAGCUCACCUGUGGAAAAUUAAGACAUCCCAACAGGUAUGCUGGAGGUCGGGAUUCAACAUGUGAUUAAUAGACUCGGUUGCGCAGGCAGACACUCUGUGAUAACAAUAGAUCAGUCAUGAGAAUGAAAUGCGACGCAAGCAGAAGCACCAGACUAGUCAGAAGGGGAAAUACGUGCACAGUACAGCCUUAGAUAAUGUUGUCAUAAGUAGUCCUUGAUUUUUUAGUAAUACGUAUUUCCUUAGAAUACGGAGCAGUAUUUCUCAGUUAAACAGCAAAUGGUGAGCCAUAUAACAGCAGGCUAUUCUUAAUGUUUAUAAAUAUAUAUGCCUCUACGCACCUUCUAUCACUCAGAGAAUCAUGAUACUUCAGUGAAAAUUCUAGCGAUGCUUGUCGUAAGGGUUUGGACAGAAAUCGUAAACUUUUCGAUUAAUUUUGUGACCAUCUGUAUUUCGAUGUCUUUAUAUCCUCUUUGGUUUGUUCGGUCACAUUAUUUUGAUUUUGUCCCCCUCCUUAUUUUGAUUUUUUUUUUUUCGUUUCUCUACGUAUCUUUCUCUUUCUUUAUUUCUUUCCUCCAUUCCUCCUUUCAUCAUCAGAAUCACCAUCAUCCUCAUCACCAUAAGGGCAUGACACUUUGUUAACUGGCUCGAGAGUUUGAUGACGUCAUGAUUGAUUUCAAGGACGUCACACCAUAUCGCAACGACCUUCAUUCAUCAAAGCAAGAAUAGAUAGAAAACCAUUCAUAAUCCUGACUACUGUUCCUAUCCUAAUCCCUCACUUCUUCACAUCUCCUUUCAUUUCAAAAGUAGCACUUCUUUGACAUUUAUAUGAUUUUUCUUUUCACAUUCUGAAAUUCAUUAAGUUGUAAAGUGUAUUCAAAUUAACACUUUCUUUCUCUUCCGUGUAGAUUUUGCAAACCAAAUUCAUCAUUGAAUUAGUGUAGAAGAAACUGUAGAAUACAUUUCUUUAUGCACCAUCUAUAUUAAUUCCCCAGAAACCUGAACUUAAAUUUUCUUUAUUCUUAUAAAUUAAUUUAUUGAUCUAAACAUUAUAAAGUUUAUUUAUUUAUCUGGUCAUCUAUUCACCUAGUUGUUUAUUUAUUAAUUUCUUCAUAUUAAGAGAUAUAAGGAUAUAUAGUAAUUGGUGAUGGGGGUGCCAGGGUGGCUACGUGCCCCCCCCCUCCCUCACAUGCAACUAAUCUCUUGCUUUAUAUAAAAUUUUCACAUCCUUGUCUCUCACAUGUAUACAGAGAAUUUGGGACUAAUAAAUGUAUUAUAUCAACUA